CUUGAACGACAAAUCAUAGCAUCGGACCCACGGGUUACUCGCUUUCCAAUUGACUGGGGUGAUGGUCUGCUGGAUGGUUGCCGGGAACCAGAACAGCCUGCUGAGGAUAAUGAGGAGUCUACAUCACAAGAUAACGAAGAAUCUGUCUCACAAAGUAAUGAAGAGUUUGUGCAACAAAUUAAUGAGGGGUCGGGCACAGAAGAUAAUGAGAUGUCUUUCCUACAAGAUAAUGAGGAGUCUGUGCAACAGAUUAAUGAGGGGUCGGGCACAGAAGAUAAUGAGGUGUUUCUCCUACAUGAUGAUGAGUCUGCGCAACAGCCUAAUGAAGGGUCGAGCACAGAAGAUAGUGAGAUCUUUGCCCUACAAGAUAAUGAGGAGUCUGUGCAACAGCCUAAUGAGGGGUCGAGCACAGAAGAUGAUGAGAUGUCUUUCCUACAAGAUAAUGAGGAGUCUGUGCAACAUGUUAAUGUAGGAUCUGUCCUACAAGAUAAUGAAGAGCAAGUGGAAAAUAUUUCUCAAAUUGGUCAAUUGAAUGAGAGUCGAAACGAUAAGUUAGGUUCAUCCAGUCUUGGUGAGGGACAAACUGGUGUGCACUUCACAGAGAAUACAUCAUGUAUCCCGCUGCAUGUCGUACAAUCAUCAGUCAUUUAUUUUGAUAAAUUCUAAGUUUCUAGCGAAACUUACUACACAGCUUGCAUUUGUGAAACUGAACACUUCUGUGUUUUCAGUGUUAUUCAUAUUGGUAACUGCUUGUUGUCAUGAAUACUUCGUUUUUCUCUUAUUAUACAUACAAGAUAUAACGAUUUAUAUUUUUGUAAUUGUGUGUAAUCACCUAGAAUAAAUUUUCAUUUCCAU